CAACCCCAUCGCCCACUACAACUGCAGCCCCAACUACAUCUGCAGCACCCACUACAGCUGCAGCCCCAUCAACAGCUACAGCACUGACUACAAUUGCAAUGCCCACUACAACUAUAGUUCCAACUAAAACAGUUGCCCCCACAACUACUGUAGCUACAACCACAACAGUUGCCCCCACAACUACUGUAACUCGAGCUAAAACAACUACCAAGACUACAACUAAAGCACCCGCUAGAGCCUCAAACAUUUUGUUCCUGAUGUACGUCUCCUUUGACCCCUUCCAAGAAGAUUAUAAUAAUCGUAAUUCCCAAGCUUUCAAGAAAAGAGAAAAGCUCAUCAAGGAUUUGCUUGAACCCCUCUUCAAACGUACAUAUCCAUCCUUUGUCGAACUGAUCAUCAUAAGUUUCAGGAGAGGAUCCACAAUCACAGAAUCACAGAUGAUUUUUUCUAAUACAACUUCAGAAUCCCCGCCGACUGUGCAAAACGUGUCCAAUGUAAUUUUAAAGGCAUAUGCAAACACAUCUGUCUCGGGUCUCAACAUUACUGACAACUCUCUUAAUGUCAGUGAAACGUUACCCAUUCUCACGACAACUGCAGCUCCCAAAACUACUGCUUCAAGCACAGCAACUAUGGUACCUAUAACCCAACCUGCUACUGAAUCUGCAACAACAGCAACUACCCGCAGAACUACUACCACAGCUACAACCACAAAAACCACUGUAAAUCCAACAACAACAUCAUCAACAGUACCACCAGUGCCACCAGCCACUGCUCCAGCUACUGCUGCCUCUACAGAUCCACCUAUAAAGGAGGGUGUUCUCCUCCUGUCGUUUCGACUUUUUAGAGGUUUUACCCCACAACUGCAGGACCAGAGCUCCUCUGCGUUCCUGGUCCUGGCUCGUAAUGUCACCACAGAGUUGAAUCGUGGAUACCGGAGGGCUUUCCCUCUAACCUUCCUGAGAAGCAUUGUAAUAGCUUUCAGACGUGGACCUUCUUUCAUCCGGGUGGACACCACACGAGUGGAGACAAAGCUGAUCUUCAAGAAUCAGUCUGUGGUUCCAAACAUUACCAUCGCUGUAAAAACCCUUGUUCAGGCCCUCGAAAAUGCAGUUGUCUUUUUAAACAUCAUCCCAGGCACCAUUAAUGCAGAAAUUGACGGUGCCACCACUACAGCAAGCAGUGCCAUGUCAACAAGCAAACCCCAGGAAGUCGUCACUUUCCUGUUUCCUCUUAUUCUGGUCAUUUACUCUCUGUCAACGAACAUGAAGCUGCUUCAAUUUUAGCCAAAAAAAUAACAACCUUUAUGCUUUUUGAAACAUGAUGCAACAUUCUAUGAGAAAAAAUGGGUUUUAUUUAUGUUUAUUUUUCAUUUUAUUCUGUUAGGUUUCUGUCACUUAAAUUACCUACCUCGUUUAAAAUGGUGAGGUUGUUCACAAUUGCCUUUCUUAACUAUUACUGUCUAGCCAAAUAAAUUUUUGUGUACUGUGAUUUAUUUAAAUGAACUGAAGGCUUAUGAAAAGUAUGUUUAAAAACUAUUUUUGAAA